AUUGGAUUAUCGGUUGAGACGGUUGGUCCGAACAGAUCCAGGCUCUUGGUGCGGGUGUACGACGGUUCCGUGAUGCCGAGACAACGCGGGCAAUCAUGCCUUGGAUCGUGGAGCCGAUUGGAUACCCAUGCACGACGACCACAUUCGCCGAGCUACAGAAGCACACGCCCAGAUCCGCUUCCUUCGCAGUUUCUACGUGGCCAGGCGGGGGAGGGCGAUUCUGCGGCAGGGGCGGCGCUCAUAGCACAGCAUUCUUCCGGCGGGAAGCAGUUGCCAGUCUUCGACCUGGCAGUCCGCCAGCACGGACUGCUCGCUGGACCCGCAGCGGUGUUCCCCCUGGUUGGACGCUGCAGUCGCGUCGAGGACGGGCGAACCCACCGCUGAGCAGCCCUCCGGAGGCUCGGGAAACGCAGCGGCCGAGGCCGAAGACCACGCUCUGGCGAACCGCGGGCAAGCUCUCCGUCAGCGACAAGCCGACCGCGGUGCCCGGCGACGUUGCGGCCCCAGAGCUGAGUUGCUGAGCAGACGGCGCCUUUGGGGCCGCGCGGUGCGCGGCGUGGCUUCCAGGGGUGGGGGAAUACGUUCCGCGAGUUCGGGAACCACGUCGUGGUCAAUUUGUCUCGUGAUGUGGGCUGCGUUGCCAGGUAGAACAUGCCUGGCAUGUUUCGCCUCGGCCCUGACAGCUUAGCGCCAAAGGGAGAGCUUCCAAGAAGCAUGUCCCGGUCAGCCCCUCCGUUUCCCAGUGCCCUCCUCGCGCUACCUCCUUCCCUCCCUCACCUGUCCUUCCUCCCCCCUUCCUCCGUGUGGCCACGGUGCCCCUGCCACCCCCCCUUCGACACAAGCGCGAGAGGCACGCUGGCGGCGAGGGUCCGGCCGCCAGACCCCGGCAGACGGACGCGCC